AUGGUCGUCAAUUCCGCGGAUCAACUGACAGAAGAACAGAUCGCCGAAUUCAAGGAGGCGUUCUCACUGUUCGACAAAGAUGGAGACGGCACCAUCACAACCAAAGAGUUGGGCACCGUCAUGAGAUCUCUAGGACAGAACCCCACAGAAGCCGAGCUUCAAGACAUGAUCAACGAAGUUGACGCGGACGGCAACGGCACGAUAGAUUUCCCUGAGUUCCUUACGAUGAUGGCCCGCAAAAUGAAGGACACGGACAGCGAGGAAGAGAUCCGUGAAGCCUUCCGCGUGUUCGACAAGGACGGCAACGGUUUCAUAUCGGCCGCCGAGCUGCGCCACGUGAUGACUAACCUCGGGGAGAAACUCACCGACGAAGAGGUAGACGAAAUGAUCCGCGAGGCCGACAUCGAUGGCGACGGACAAGUCAAUUAUGAGGAAUUCGUCACCAUGAUGACGUCGAAUUUAAUGAUGUACUUGUAUGGUGUGGACGUAGAGGCGUCGGGCGACUGUCGGGCCACCGGCGCGUCGCCCGUCGCCUCCGCCUCCUCUUUUUAUUUAGAUUUUAAAUAUGUGUGCGUGCGUGCUCUGCCUGAUGCAAGCCUGGUCUUUGGUCACCGCUGGCGGCCCCUGGUCACGCUCCCGGGCCGCGGUCACGCUGUUGGCCCCUGGUCACGCUCCCGGGCCGCGGUCACGCUGUUGGCCCCUGGUCACGCUCCCGGGCCGCGGUCACGCUGUUGGCCCCUGGUCACGCUCCCGGGCCGCGGUCACGCUGUUGGCCCCUGGUCACGCUCGCGGGCCGCGGUCACGCUGCCGGUGUCCGGCAGGCGUGGCCGCUCCCGGCGAGCGCUGCUGUCUCCGGUGGCCGCUGCCGAGCUCGGAUCAUCUCUCGCCGACUUCAGCGGACCAGUGUUAGCGUCCGCACCUUUCCGAUACAUUUUAAUGUAA